AUAAUUAUCAGGAAGCUUUGAUUGUUUUUGGGUUGGUAGAGUCUUUAAAAUUGACGCCAAAAUAACGGAAAAAAAAAGGACCAACCCGACCCGUUCCACCUCAGGGUCAGAGGGAGAGAGAGUGGUUAGACGGAAAUCAUUUGGUUGCUUGCAGUCGACGAUGGUCUAGGGUUCUGGUAAGCAAGAGCAGGAGGUCAGCUGCAGAAGCACCAUGGCCAUGAAAUUCCUUCAACUGCUUUUCUUUUUCAGUUUUCAGCUUCGUCUCUCAUUCUCUGGACAGACAAUCAUGAUGGAGUCAGUUCCUGAUCUUCAGAGUUCAAUGUACAUGACACUUGAUGGAUAUCCUUGUGUACGGCUACUCAAUCUUUCUGGUGUGAUUGGUUGUUCAAAUCCUGGAAGAGUGAAGGUUGUCGCUCCGAUUAUAAGAUUAAACAAUGCUACUGAGCUGUCUCAGUUAUCUGCAGUUUUGCUGUCAGUGGAUGAGAUUCAAAGUUUUCUUACCAGAAUAUUGAAUGAUUCGACUUUUGCUAAAAAUGUUGCUGGUAUCUUGGUUGAAUCAAGCCCUGAGUUCCAAAAUAAGUUAAAAGGAUUCUCUCCAGAUCAAAAGUUCCCACAAUCUGAAUUUGCUCCUUAUCAAAGCAUCAACUACGAAUGGAACCCAAUUGGCUCUGGUAUAAUGUGGAACCCAUAUAACUUUCCUGUAUUCUUACUCUCUCAGAGUAGCACAUUGACCCUGCAGGAGGCUGCCAUAAAGAAUGAGAAGAACAUAAAAUCUUAUACUGCUGACGUGGCUGAGUUUGAUCUGGUGAUGCAGACAAUGAAAGCUGGGACUCAUGAUUCAGAAUCUUGUCUAAAGGAAAAUACUUGCCUUCCCUUAGGUGGAUACAGUGUUUGGUCAUCGCUUCCCCCAAUCAAUUUUUCAUCGUCAGAGCAGUCUAAGCCCAUUAUACUCGUGGUGGCAUCAAUGGAUUCAGCUUCAUUUUUCCGUGACAAAGGCCUUGGCGCUGACUCCCCUAUUUCUGGGCUGAUUUCAUUGCUGGCAGCAGUUGAUGCACUUUCUCAUGUGGAUGGUCUGGAUGACUUUAAUAAACAGCUUGUUUUCAUUGUUUUCACUGGAGAGGCCUGGGGCUACCUUGGUAGCAGGAGGUUUUUGCUUGAACUUGAUCUGCAGUCUGAUGCUGUUAGUGGCCUUAAUUACUCAUUGAUUGAGAAGGUUGUGGAAAUUGGAUCUGUUGGAAAGGGCCUCAACCAAGGAGUUAAGAACUUUUUUGUUCAUACAACUGGGGUUUCUUCUGCCACAAAUGAGACAUUGGAUGCUUUAAAGCGUGCCCAAGAUUCUGUCAAGUCUGAAAGCUUUACAAUCUCAUCUGCAAAUGCUUCAAAUCCUGGGAUACCUCCAUCCUCAUUGAUGACUUUUCUGAGAAAGAACUCUCUAACUUCUGGGGUUGUUUUAGAAGAUUUUGAUACUGUCUUCACCAACAAAUUCUACAACAGUCACCUUGAUGAUAUAUCCAAUGUAAACUCUUCAGCAAUUGUGGCAGCAGCUUCCCUUGUAGCACGCACCCUUUACAUUCUUGCAAGUGACAACAAAAAUUUAAGCAGUUCAGCUAUAACAUCUAUCAACGUGAAUGUUUCACUAGUUGAAGAACUAAUGGGUUGCCUAUUGGACUGUGAGCCAGGUCUUUCUUGUGAGCUGGUGAAAAGCUAUAUAUCACCGGCCAAUACCUGCCCGAGCCAUUAUGUUGGUGUCAUCCUUGGUGAACCUUCCUCCCCACCUUAUCUUGGAUAUGUUGAUGACAUUUCAAGGUUCGUUUGGAAUUUCCUGGCCGAAAAAACUUCCAUUCCAAGGAAAAAUGGGAGUUCUGUUUGUUCUCAAGACUGCAGUAAUGAGGGUGAAGUAUGCAUUAGAGCAGAAACUGAGGGAAAGGGAGUCUGCGUUGUCUCCACAACCAGAUAUGUUCCAGCAUACUCAACACGGUUGAAAUAUGAAUCUGAAUCUGGAACUUGGAAUGUGUUGCCUCCAAAUAACUCAGACCCCAUGGGGCUGGUGGACGCUGUUUGGACAGAAAGCAACUGGGAUACGAUUGGACUCCGGGUCUACACCGUCCAAAAUGCUUCUUUCGAUCGUCUUGUCUUACUUGGGAGCAUUGCCAUUACAGUUUUGUCUUGCUUUGCAAUAGUGAUUACAAAGGCCUUCGUGACAAAGGCUGUAAAACGUGAUUGAUAACUUUUGUAAGUUGCUGUUAUGCUCUGCUAUAUUCUUAGACGGAAAUACUGGAGCAAAUGUGGCAAUUAUUUUAAUUACUUCAUAUCAACUUUUGUAAAUCAACAGAUUAUGCGAAUCGAGGACACUGCAAUGGCAUGGCAUAGCUAUUACCAAAACGUUUAAGU